CCGCCGCCGCCGCCGCCGUCGCCGCCUCUCCUGUUUGGCCCCGGUGAAAACCGGUGACGCGGGGAGAUGAAAUUCCCAGCCUCUGUACUAGCGUCCGUGUUCCUGUUUGUAGCCGAGACGACGGCGGCGCUCUACCUGAGCAGCACGUACCUCUCGGGCGGGGACCGCAUUUGGCAAGCGCUGACCCUGCUUUUCUCCCUGAUGCCCUGCGCGCUGGUGCAGCUCACACUCCUCUUCGUGCACCGCGACCUCAGCCGUGAUCGCCCACUAGUGCUGCUGUUGCACCUGCUCCAACUUGGGCCGCUCUUCAGGUGUUUUGAAGUCUUCUGCCUCUACUGUCAGUCAGGCCACAAUGAAGAGCCUUAUGUCAGCAUCACCAAGAAGAGGCAAAUGCCAAAAAAUGGCUUAUCGGAAGAGAUCGAAAAGGAGGUGGGCCAGGCAGAAGGCAAGCUAUUCACCCACCGCUCAGCAUUCAGUCGGGCCUCAGUGAUUCAGGCUUUCCUUGGCUCUGCCCCACAACUCACCCUGCAAUUGUAUAUAAGCGUCAUACAGCAGAAACUCCAUACUGGAAGAUGUGUGUUCAUGACUUUGUCCCUGCUGUCCAUUGUGUAUGGAGCCUUGCGCUGCAACAUCCUAGCCAUCAAAAUCAAAUACGAUGAGUACGAGGUUAAAGUAAAACCUCUAGCCUAUGUCUGUAUCUUCCUCUGGAGGAGCUUUGAGAUUGCCAUUCGUGUCAUUGUUCUGGUCCUCUUUGCUUCUGUCAUGAAGACCUGGGUUGUGCUUGUCGUACUUGUCAACUUCUUCAGCUUCUUCUUGUAUCCCUGGAUCCUUUUCUGGUUCAGUGGCUCUCCAUUUCCGGAGAAUAUAGAGAAGGCCUUCAGUCGGGUGGGCACAACCAUCGCACUGUGCUUCCUCACAUUACUCUAUUCUGGUAUCAACAUGUUCUGCUGGUCAGCUGUUCAGUUGAAGCUUGACAACCCUGAACUCAUCAGCAAAUCCCAGAAUUGGUACCGGCUGCUGGUAUACUACAUGAUGAGGUUCAUUGAGAAUUCCAUCCUCCUGCUCCUGUGGUAUCUCUUCAAGACUGACAUCUACAUAUAUGUGUGUGCACCUCUGUUGAUUCUGCAGCUGCUAAUUGGAUACUGUGCAGCCAUUCUCUUCAUGCUCGUAUUUUAUCAGUUCUUCCACCCUUGCAAAAAGCUCUUCUCAUCCAGUGUUUCUGAAAGCUUUCGGGCAUGGCUCAGGUGUUUCUGCUGGGCCUGCAGGAAGCAGGAAUCUUGUGAGUCAGCAGGAAAAACAGAAGUAAAAUCAUCCACAGAUCAAGAUGAAACACCUUCUAGCAGCAAAAUGAGUCCUGAUCCCACUCAGGCCUUGAGUGCUGAUGAUAUAUGCUCUGCUUAAUGAACUUUGAAGUUUCCCAGUCCACAGGCUUUUUGUGUUUUUGAGUUCAUACCUGUUCUUUGUAAGUAAUGAGCCCUGCACAGGGAACAAGGCAGGACGUUAGCUGUCAACUCCUUGUGAGCUGUUGCUCUUUAUAGGGUCUUUGAGUAUGUGGGAACUGAGAUAGAGAAACCUGAAAUUGAAGGGGUGAAGAGAUGAAUUGGUAUCCUAACCACAGUUCACAAGUAACCAUGGUACAUUCUUAUGGGUCUUACGUUUUGUUUUUUUGUUGAUUUUUUCACUCACCCCUAAAAUCUGAACUGGGUUGUUUAGAUCCAUCAGGCAGAAUGUGAAGAGCUUACUAAUUUUAUAGUUUUCUGGACUAUUAGUCUAGUAACCUGAUGAUUUUUUAUCCCUGAACAUUUUCAUCGAAGUAUCAUCCUGUUGACCAGAGAAAGUUAUUGGAGUUCCGCUAUCAGCAACAUCAUUCUUGUCACUGCUUACAAAGAGGACUGCUCAAAUUUGAUUUUUAAAUAAACAUGUUCUAUUUUCAUCUUGUUAUGUCUUUUUGUACAUAGCCAACUGUAGUUACCAUGGCAUGCUAUCUGGAAUUGAUUUGGAGACUAUUUCCUGGGAUCCAUAGCUGUAAAAUUGAAUUUUAAAUGUAGUUAAAGAAGCCCUAGAAUUUUGAUAGGCGUGAUCCUCCUGUAUGGUGAAGAAAUUUAGAACAAGAGAAUUGUUACUGAAAUGACUGAAGGUUAUAUAGGUAGAAUUCUUACCUACUCAGUUCAAAGCUGUGAACUAGUUAGAAGGUAGGCUUAAACCUCUUCAAAGUUUAUUCUUACUUUAGGAUUCUGGGAAAUUCCUAGUAGAAUUCACUAGGAUUCACCUUUUGAGGAAAGAGCUAAAUAAAGUUCAGUCUUCCCUCUUCCAUCCUCAUUGAUUGCCUGCUAGGAGAGUUUUAGACACGAUUUACCUCAAUUUAAAAUUUUCAACAAAACUCUACAGAAAUCUCUCAGCACAGGCAUAUAAAGCAUUUUAAUUUUUAUUAUUUGACAUGAAAAGGUUUUCCUCAUCACCACUCUUAGAGAUUGCCUUCAUAAAAUUUUUAAAUUGUAUAAAGAGUUGAGAUGACCAGAUUUCUUUCUUUUUUGAAAUGUAUUUUGAAUAGCAGAAUUGUGAAUUAAUUUGAACAAAAUCUCCAUCAUGAGUUUCUUAUACUCUUUUAUCUUCUGUAUAAUUUCUCCAUUAAUGUGAAAAUAGAAGAAUUCUAUUUGUUUCAUUAAAGAGGAUUGGAUAGCAUAUUUUCAAUCAUUCUGGGAAAUGACUAGAAUCAACUAAAGUAAAAUGACUACAACCACUAAAAUCUUAAUA